AGACAGCAGCCCAUCCUUUCGUUAGUGACCGAGACUUACCACUCGAGUGAGGAAAGUGCGCAAACAAGCGGUUUUGAGGUGUUCGUGGAAAUGCGGAGCUCGAUGGAGAGACUUUCCCUCCUAUUGAUCUCCCUCUCUGUCUUUUUAGAGUUCGCCGCUUGCGAAGAUGUCGAAGUACGGAGUUGUAGAAAGCCUUCGGACUGCGACCCCGGGUACUGCUGCCGGAUAGGGAUGGAACGCUUCAGUCAGCCAUUCUGUCAGAAGUUUGGGACCGUCGGAGACACCUGCAGGAUGGGAGCCGAACCUGAAGACAAAAUCCUCUGGUUUCCUGGUGGACUGACCUUUGAUGUUUUCGGAGUGUACCGACAGUUUUGCCCCUGCGAAGGUGGUCUCGCUUGCAAAGAGGCUAUGUGUCAGCCAGAAUCGGCGAAAAUCGCUGCUCCGACCAAAAAAUACAAUAUCGACGAUUUCGACUACGAAUCAUUGGACAAUCGAGCGAAGAGCGAUAACUUCGCCGAAUUCGACAUAUAGGCCAAUCGGAGGCUUAUAAGAGUGCGGAUCGAAACUCCUCCUAUGGGGUGAACGGGUGUAUUGUGAGCACUGCAGUUCCCAAUCUAGCGUGCUCCUCGAACUUACACUCGGCUCGGAUUUCUAAUCAAUUUAUUUAUUGAGUGAUGGUGAUGACAAGUUGUGCCUCCUGCUUCUCGUUCUGCCACCGAUAGAGAUGAACUUGCCGUCUCGCCUAUCGUAAAUU